AUGCAAAAUCUGAUUGUCGAGAAAAAUGUGAGAAUUUGUGUUCCUUACCCCUUUGGGAUUAGGGAACCCAACUGUGCAAUGAACGAGGGCUUCCUUCUAAAUUGCAGGAACAGUAGCGAUAGUCAUCCUGAUGAUGAUCUAUUGUUCAUGGCCGUUCACUUUAUAUCAGUGCUGGAAGGCACAUUAACUCUCAACAUUCCUACAACAUAUCACUGCUACAAUAAGGCUGAGUGCGAGAUGAGUCAUUCCCAUGGUUCUAUCAGACUCGAAGGCCCUUUCGGGUUUUGGGACCAGAACAAAUUCACAGUUAUUGGUUGUGAUAUCUCAGCUCGAGCGACUGACUGGAAUUCUAUAUACGGGGCAUCCUGUGUCCCCUUGUGCUCAAGAAACGUGAACAUGACAGAUGACAAUCCUUGCUCAGGUUCUGGAUGCUGCCAGACCUCAAUUCGCAAAGGGAUAAAGUCACUUGACUUUUCACUUUAUAGUCUUUCUGUUAAUCCAGAAGAAUAUUAUUCAGAUGUUGUGGUCGACUGGGUCAUCCAAAACAAGACCUGUGAACAGGCUAUAGCUAACAUAAGUGCAUAUGCCUACGGCAAUAAUACGAAUUGCACUUACUCUGACAAUGGUCCAGGUUAUCGUUGCUUUGCAAGGAAGGAUUUGAAGGAAACCCCUACCUUCCCCAAGGUUGCAAAGGUGAAUCCAUGUAUAGAUGAGUGCAAAGAACCAGAAAGGAGCGGUGAUGGCAAAACAGGUCAUUGUCCUGGAUUUAGCACCAUUAUAACUAUUGUUGUAGUAACCGGCAUGUGUGAUGCUGCUUCUACGUCACUUACUUGCAACAGUUUUCAAGUUGAUGAAGCUCACUCAUCAGAUGUCGAAGCCAUGAUUUCUUACAAAACUUAG